CCUUUCUGCAUUAAAUGAGAGCUGUUUCCCAUUUAUUAGGCACAGUCCACACAUCUUUCAUCAAGGUAGUCCUUUUGUGGCAGGGAUAUUGCAGGUCUGGAGCACUCAAAGUGCAUUUUGAACCUGAGGGAAUGUGGUAUCCCCCACAGAUAGUGUUGUGACUACUGUGUAGAAUGUGACAAGGUAAGUGUCAUGGGCGCCUGAUGGAUAUUGUUUUGAUGUCACCACUAUUAUUCAUUAGGGCUUACUUGAGUUCUACCUCUUACUGCAUAUGAGAUGGGCAGAAGGAAAGAGGCGGUAGUGAGACCACUCCUGAAGAGACCCUCCCUGGACCCAGAAAAUCUUAAUAACUAUAGGCCAGUAGCAAAUGUUCCAUUCCUGGGCAAGGUCCUUGAACGAGUGGUUGCGGGCCAGCUCCAGACACUCUUGGAUGAGACCAAUUAUCUGGAUCCAUUUCAGUCGGGUUUCAGGCCUGGUUUUGGCACGGAAACAGCCUUGGUCGCCCUGUAUGAUGACCUCUGUCAGGAGAGAGACAUGGGGAGUGUGACUCUGUUGAUUCUCCUUGAUCUCUCAGCAGCUUUCGAUACCAUCGACCAUGGUAUCCUUCUGGGGAGACUGGCUGAGUUGGGAGUGGGAGGUACUGCAUUGUGGUGGUUCCACUCCUACUUGGCAGGCCGCUUCCAGAAGGUGGUACUUGGGGAACAUUGCUCGGCACCCUGGACUCUCCAGUAUGGGGUUCCACAGGGGUCAGUUCUGUCCCCCAUGCUGUUCAACAUCUACAUGAAACCGUUGGGUGCGGUCAUCCAGAGCUUCGGCGUGUGUUGCCAUCAGUGGCCCACCUACAUCUCUAUCUGGACAGGGAUAACCUGGCUUCAGUUGUCCAUGCUCUAGUAACCUCCAAAUUAGAUUACUGCAAUGCACUCUAUGCGGGGCUGCCUUUGAAGAUGGUUCGGAAACUGCAGCUUGUGCAAAAUGCAGUGGCCAGAUUGGUAACAGGGACCAGACGGUUCGAACAUAUAAAACCGAUUCUGGCCUGCUUGCAUUGGCUGCCUGUAUGUUUCUGAGCUCAAUUCAAGGUGCUGGUUUUGACCUAUAAAGCCUUACAUGGCUUGGGACCACAAUACCUGAUGGAACGCCUCUCCCAAUACGAACCCACCCGUACACUAUGUUCAAGAUCAAAGGCCCUCCUCCGCAGAGCUUGGAAGUAACUUGUUAUUUUUAACGAGUUACUUUUAAUUCGUUACAAUUUUAAAUAACGAGUGGGUAAUUCCAUUACAUUUGGCAAGUAACGUAACGAAUAGUAAUUUCCCUACUUUUCAGCUUCAACUUUAACGUUUCCACAUUAGGUUGGACGUUACUUGGGGGCGGGAACAAGGGGAAGUCAGCUCCUGGCUGUGAUUGGUUAACACAAGACAUGUGCCUCACACUGAUUGGACCUCUGCGCAGACUGUCUCUUCCCUCGUGAUCUGUGUUAGGAGGCACGAGGGAAGAGGUUGAAUAGGCAGGGGGAGCCUGCUAGCGUCUGACUCUGAGAGGAAAAAAUGGACGCCAGAGGAAAAAGCCAGGGCAAGGACAACAACGGAGGAGAAGGCUGCAGCAGAAUGGCAAAGAGCUGUGGAGAGACGCCUGUUGCAGGUUUUGCUGCUGAGAGCAGCAGUCAGUUAGUGCGGCCACUUGAGUCACAGCUUGUUGAUCCUGAGGAGGCAAAACUAGAAAGUGAGGUUCAGAAAGGAGGCCCUGUGCACGAGGAGGAGGAGGGCAUGAAGCAGUGCCAGUUGCCCACAGCCACAUCUGCAGAACAGCAAGUACCAUGGUUUGGCUUUGAGAAAGCUUGUACAUUUGUGAGCCAGAGUGGGAAAAAUGUUGUUGUACGAUACAAUUACUGCCUUCCAAGGAUCAAAAAUCUGAGAUCAGCUGUUUCCUCCUCAUCCAAUGUGAAGAAACAUUUUGAGAGGGCACACCCUGAGAAGCUGAGAGCAAUUGAAGAAGCAAUAAAGGCAAGGAGACGUGGCCUUCCUGAACCAAUGAAUGACACCCCUCCUCCCAAAAUGCUGAAGCAGCAGCAGACAACCCUUGAGAGGUGGGGAUCUGGCAGGGAUCUGCUUCUUCUGGCAGCCUGCGUACACCCUCGCUUCAAACUAGAUCGGCUGGAAUCGUGUCAGGCCACCACCCAUACCAACAAAUACACAAUGGAAGCCUUGUUGAAAGCUGAAAUAAAGAUGGGUGUACUUAAUGAGGACAGUGAUCAGUCUUCAGAUAAAGACCAGGAAGGAGAUGACUUAGAAGAUGACUUCUUUAACUUUCUGCCCCAGGGCAAGAAGUCAGCAGUGGACACUGCUGAGGAGGAACUGAGUUUUCUCAGAUCAAAUACAAAACAAAAUAACUACUGGAUUGGCCUCAGUGACAUGCUCAGUGAAGGCACAUUUGUCUGGGUGGAUAGCAGCCCUGUGUCUUUUACCUCUUGGAAUCCACGGGAACCCAACAAUGCUGGCCAAGGAGAGGACUGUGUCAUCAUGACACCUUCAGGCAGGUGGCAAGAUCGUGAGUGUGGAAGUGACAUAGAUGGCUACAUCUGUGAAAAGACAUGGAGCUGCUAGCUGUGUGCCCAGCAGAAGGAGAACUCAACAUACACCAAUCUUGGUCUUUAUGACUCUCUCACUCUGGUUGAGUUUUUGAACUGUGCAAACUUUGUCACCUUCUGGGUGGUGGGUGUGUGGCCACCAGUGCCACUUCUUCGAAACUGAGGUGAUAAAAUCCAGCCAAUAAUACGUCAGUGAGUCAGCAAAAAGCUAGGCUUCCAGAUUUUUACCUCUCCUCCAUAACUCACUAGACCUUACUCUCUUUUCUUCCCAGAACAACAAGCCAGAGUUCUUGGCUUCAGUCCCAGCCUCUCAUUCUACAUUAACAUGUUUGAUUAACCUCUUUCUGAUAUUCUCACAUUUACAACUUAGUGAAUAAUUCACUGUAAAGCUCACUAACUUAGUAAGUUCCUUUGUUCACAGCAUAUGAAAUGGAGGAUACCUGUCUGAGGCACAGUGUGCUAUGCGAAAGGGCCUUCUUGGGAGCGGUGCCUGAUUGUGGAAUGCCGUCUCUAGGGAGGUUCAUGUGAUGCCUACAUUGCUGUCAUCUUGCUGCCAGGAAUGUUUUAUUAUUAUUUUCUUAGGCUUUAAAAUCUGGACCGGUUUUCUCUCCAUGAGGUUCUUAUGCUGCUCUUUGUAGAUUUCAGAUCCUACUGUUUUUUAGUCUAGAGUAAGGUUUUAAACUCUUAUUGUGCCUUUUUAUUUUUGUAAUGUGAAGCUGCUGCCCUGGAAUUUGUUUUGAAGGGUGGGAUUUAAUUCUCCUUUAAUUUGUAUACUUUAAGAAAAUGAGUCAGAAAUCUAGCCUUACAUAUCUGUCACCAAAUUUCAGAAAUCAACUGCAGAUCCCUUCAAAAUUCAAGAGUUUUCUUACUCCACAAUGAGAAAUAUGACCAUUAUAUUAUGUGAUGGGUUUUCCUAGAUGGCGAUGUGAGAAUGAGGGUUAACCAGUUCAACCUUUAGGCAAGCAUUUUGCCCCAUCUCUUUCCGUUGUAUUAAAUUAGGACUUGUCAUGCCAGGGGAAUUAUCAAGCUUCAAAAAUUGUUUGAUGUGUUCAAAGGUUAUUCUGCUGUUUUCUUAUGAGAUUAAGAUUUAUGGGAACUGAACAGUAUGUGGAAUCCCUUGGUAGUAUUGUGUGAAACUCUAAGAAUCUCAUCGUCUCCUGUUUCGGCUUAUGCUAUUGGCUAAGAGUGCAUUUUCAACAUCACAUUCUACCAUAUUGAAAUGUUUUGGCUUGCAAUGACCCUGUUCUGGCUUGCUGCCAUACUAGCCCUUAAUUUCUAUUUUCUUUUUGCAAUAAAAGGCAAGGGGUGGACAGGCAAAGUGCUAUCAAGGCGUUUCAAGGUUCCUGCAUAUUUAACAAAACACUUUCUAUUUGCACAUUUGUCCAUUUUUGUUGCCCCCUGUUGGUCCCAACCUCUACAUUAAUGAUGAAUAACUUGUUAAGUGCCCCUUGAAAAGUCUCUCUCUUCAUUGCCCCAAUGUCAGUUUCCGUUUCUGCAUGAGGGCAUUGCUGGUUUCUCUCUUGUUUUUUCUUUUCUUUUAUUAAAAUAGUGAAAAAGUUCUAUAUUAAAGUGUUUUUAUGUUUUUAUGAAUUUAA